AAGUCAUGGACUCUGUGAUCUCCUGGGGCUUAGUCUCCCAGGUCUUCAUCUCUAAAAUGUUAGUAUUAACUGGUUGCUUUCAAUCAGGUCUUUGUCCAAGGCUACCAGUUGUGUGUGUGUGUAUGUGUGUGUGUGUGUGUUUAUGGGGCUUGGAAUUAGAGAUCAUUAUUCUGUAGUAACUUGGAUCUCUCUGGAAAAGCGAAACAGCUCCCCACGCCAACCACUACCCCCAACCCCAAAAAUGGAUUGUAGGAGUUUGAAGUCUGCCCACAUUUAUCAGGGAUGUGGGAGCUGUGUUUAAUUUCUAAAGAGAGAGAAACUUAAAUCAUCAGUUCCAUAAGCCCUUUGCUGCUUUUUUUAUUAUUAUUAUUAUUAUUAUUAUUAUUAUUAUUAUUAUUGCAGAAAGGGAAGGGCAGGUUGCACUUGCUCAAAGGAAAGGGAAAGACUUCUGCAUGCAUUCUUGUUUAUGUUUGGUAUCUUUGGGCUGGCUAGAAAUUAUUCUUGGCUAUCAGCCUGGACACAGUUUGUAGGUCCAUCACUGAGAAUUAUAUUACAGUUGCACAGAUAAAGCAAAACACAGGUCUAGGAGUAGGUGGGUUAGCAAUCAAACUAGAACUGGUCCAUUGCUUCCAGCUGAUCUUGUGAAGGGAACAUCAUGUUUGAUUGCUUCUGCAAUACAGUGGCUGAGAGGAGAAGACUCCUCUGUAACAGCAGAUGCUCCCAGCUGAGCUAAUGGAAAAAGCCUUCCUUUUUUUACUUUGUCUUCUGGUUCCACCAUGCAGUGAACUGUUCUCUGCAUGACUAUAUCAACUGGCUUUGUUUACUUUUUCUUGUAGAAGUACCCACCAUAUAUUUCAUCAAAUAUCCCCUUUCUGGGUCAUGCAAUUGCUUUUGGCAAAAAUCCUAUUGAAUUUUUGGAAAAUGCAUAUGGAAAGUAAAAAUGAAGAUCUGAAUGCAGAAGAUGUAUAUUCCCGGCUAACUACACCUGUCUUUGGCAAGGGUGUAGCUUACGAUGUACCAAACCCAGUGUUUUUGGAGCAGAAGAAGAUGCUAAAAACUGGGCUGAAUGUAAGCCAGUUCAAAAAACAUGUACCAAUAAUUGAAAAAGAAACUAUGGAAUACUUUAAAACUUGGGGAGACAAUGGAGAAAGGAACUUGUUUGAAGCACUUUCAGAACUAAUCAUUUUAACAGCAAGUCACUGUUUACAUGGGAAGGAAAUAAGGAGCAUUCUCAAUGAGAAGGUCGCACAACUCUAUGCUGAUCUGGAUGGGGGAUUUACUCAUGCUGCUUGGCUUUUGCCAGGCUGGCUGCCUUUGCCCAGCUUCAGGCGCAGGGAUCGAGCCCACGAUAAAAUAAAGGCAAUUUUCUAUGAAGUAAUUCAGAAACGACGACAGUCUUUGGAGAAAGAGAAUGACAUCCUUCAAACACUACUUGAAGUUACCUACAAAGACGGCCGCCACCUAACUGAUGACGAAAUUGCUGGAAUGCUUAUUGGGCUGCUUUUAGCAGGUCAACAUACAUCUUCAACUACUAGCACUUGGCUUGGCUUCUUUUUGGCUAGAGACAAAUCAAUUCAGGAACAGUGUUAUGUGGAACAAAUAUCAGUACAUGGAGAAGAUUCAGCUCCAUUAAAUUAUGACCAGCUCAAGGAAAUGACUUUGCUGGACAAUUGCUUGAAAGAAACAUUAAGACUUAGACCUCCUAUAAUGACUAUGAUGAGGUUGGCUAAAACUCCCCAAACUGUUGCUGGCUAUACAAUUCCACCUGGUCAUCAAGUUUGUGUAUCUCCUACUAUCAAUCAUAGACUUAAGGAUAGUUGGAUAGAAAAUUUAAACUUCAAACCUGACCGUUACCUCCAAGAUAACCCCGCAUCUGGAGAGAAAUUUGCAUAUGUGCCAUUUGGUGCUGGUCGUCAUCGUUGCAUCGGAGAAAACUUUGCUUAUGUUCAAAUUAAGACGAUUUGGUCAACUCUUCUGCGUUUGUACGAAUUUGAUUUAGUAAAUGGAUAUUUUCCUACCAUAAAUUAUACAACUAUGAUCCACACACCUAACAAUCCGAUCAUUAGAUACAACAGGAGAUCACACAGUGAGAUGUAACUUCAAGCUAUCUGGAAGAGCUGCAUGAGUUAUGAAAAGAUUGUUUAAGAAGAAAUUUGUCACUACUUGUAAUAUUGUAAAGAAAUGUGAUUCUUUUGUGCUAUU